GUCAAUGUCAUUUUCAGUUCGGAUUCGGAAACGACCAUGGCGGCGGCGCUGUUGGCGAAUAAAAGAAUUGAUAAAUUAAUAAAUAAUCAUUUAAAAUAUACGAAAGCCUUCUCAAAUAAAUCAGUGAUUUUAAACAAACCACAAUUCAAUAUUAUUUGUAAACAAUGCGCUGCUGCAACAUACUUCAGGUUUUACUCUUCACAAACACCGAACAAUGCUGGACAGGAUUCAGCGAAGAAUGUUUUGGCGGCAGUUUUGGCUAACAAGCCCAAAACUGGGAAAAUUCCUGUUGGGAUCCAAAAGAGAGACUGCUUUCACCCAGGCGCUUCUGUUUUGUCCCGUGAAGAUAUAAACCUGGGAGAUGCCAAGCCUGUGACGGGGACUGACAUGGUGAGAGGAAUGCUGGAGUAUGUGUGGCCUAAGGAUAAUGCGAUGAUACGAAACAGAGUAAUGGUAUCCCUCUCACUUCUCUUUGGUGCUAAAGUGAUGAAUGUGUCUGUACCGUUCCUGUUCAAAUAUGCGGUGGAUGAAGUAAACCAGAUGACAGUGACACCAGCAGGUGACGCAUUGCUGGGUAUGGCGACAGUGCCUCAAGCUUUGGGAACCACUGCUUUCAGUUUGUUGGUUGGUUAUGGCAUUGCUCGAGCAACGGCAGCAGGUUUCAACGAGUUAAGGAAUGCGGUAUUUGCUAAAGUGGCUCAACACUCCAUCAGAAAACUGGCCUGCAAUGUGUUCACACAUAUACAUAAUCUGGACCUCAGCUUCCACCUGGGCAGACAGACGGGGGCUUUAUCAAAGACAAUAGAUCGAGGUUCCCGCGCCAUAAACUUUGUGUUGUCAGCCAUGGUGUUCAACAUAGUGCCAACUAUAUUCGAACUGACGCUCGUGUCCUCCAUACUGGGCAUCAAAGGAGGAUUGGCCUUUGCUGGUGUGGCGUUCAGCUGCGUGGGCGUAUACGCCGCGUUCACGCUUGCCGUCACACAGUGGCGCACCAAAUUCCGCGUCUACAUGAACAAGGCGGAGAACGAGGCGGGCAACAAGGCCAUCGACUCGCUCAUCAACUACGAAACUGUUAAGUACUUCAACAACGAGGCGUACGAACUACGCAAGUACGACGAUUCGCUCAAAAAGUAUGAAGACGCGUCGCUCAAGACGGCCUCCAGUUUAGCGUUGCUCAACUUCGGACAGCACGCCAUCUUCAGCGCUGGCCUUAGCGCCAUCAUGAUCUUGGCUGCUAAUGAAAUUGCUCAGGGUAACAUGACGGUGGGAGACCUGGUGAUGGUGAACGGGCUGGUGUUCCAGCUGUCCAUCCCGCUGGGCUUCCUCGGCUCCGUGUACCGCGAGGUGCGCCAGGCGCUGGUCGACAUGCAGACCAUGUUCACCUUGAUGACGGUGCAGCCGAGGGUCAAGGAAAAGGAACAAGCACACAAGCUGGUAGUGGACGCGAAGACAGCCACAAUCGACUUCAAGGACGUUAGCUUUAAGUAUAUCAACGGGAAACCGAUAUUCAACAACCUCACCUUCAGCAUACCUGCGGGGAAGAAGAUUGGCAUCGUGGGAGGUUCUGGUAGUGGUAAAUCGACAAUGGUUCGCCUCCUGUUCCGUUUCUUCGAGCCGCAGUCGGGGCAGAUCACUAUCGCGGGCCAGAACAUCAGGGACCUGGACCUGGCCAGUUUAAGGAGAUCCAUCGCUAUUGUGCCACAGGACUGCGUGCUAUUUCACGACACGAUCUACCACAACCUGCACUACGGCGAUCUGUCCAAGUCGCAGGAGGACGUGUACGCGGCCAGCAAGAUGGCCGAGCUGCACGACUCCGUCAACACGUGGCCUAAGGGCUACGAGACCCAAGUGGGCGAGCGCGGUCUGAAGCUGUCAGGGGGUGAGAAGCAGAGGGUUGCGAUCGCUCGCGCCAUACUCAAGGACUCGCCCAUCAUCAUAUUCGAUGAAGCCACGUCCAGUUUGGAUUCGCUAACGGAACACGCAAUUCUCCAAGCACUAAAAGCCGCGACUGUCGGCCGGACGUCUAUAUGCAUAGCGCACCGUCUGUCCACAGUCGCCGACGCCGACGAGAUAUUGGUUCUAGAGAAUGGCACCAUCACGGAACGAGGAACCCAUUCCACAUUAACUGCCAACAAAUCCUCUUUGUAUAAUAGGCUUUGGGAGAAACAAAACAGGGACUUGCCUAGUUAGAUAAAUCAAAGUCGUUGGAAGUUCAAAGAAGCUGGCUUAAUCGAAGGCUGCCUUUUUUUUUCAAAAUCGUGGCGCAUGAUGGUAUUACUAAAUGGUGCCGAGUCGAAUAUGCCAUGUUGAUUCCACUAACCAACAAAUUCCUCUUUGUAUAAUAGACUUUGGGAGAAACAAAACAGGGACUUUCCUAGAUAAAUCAAAGGUAUUGGAACUUCGUAUAGAAGCUGGCCUAAUCGAAAGCCACCAUUUUUUUUUCAAAAUCGUGGCCCACGAUGAUAAUACUAAAUGGCGCGGAGUCGAAUAUGCCAUAUUGAUUCAAUGUCGGUAUUUGCGACCAAUGUUGAUUGUUGCGUGCAAUAUUUCAAAUGGAUAUUCAUUUUAUAAUCUCAGCGUUGUUAGCAAUUGAAAGAUAGCUAAUUUGAUAACUUUUUCGUAAGGCCAACUUGAAAAUCAGGAGACGUUAUUGAUUCAUUUUACAUUUUCAAAAAGUAAUGGUUGUAACUUUUUACUUUGUAAGUACUAACUAGAUGAGGAAAAGAAUAAAAUGACUGACGAUUUUUCAAAAAAGAGAUAGAUUAUAAAGGAAAAAUUCCAAGAAAUCUGAGACAAAAGUAAAAGUUCAAAGUCCUUCUUCUAAGUCUUUCUACAUAAAAUAUCACUUGUUGGGAAUAUGUGCGUUAAAACAAUGAAAAUUUUAUAAAAUAGUCAAGAAAGAGGAAGCAAAUUCGUUUCGAACCCGGGACCUUUUGAAUCGUUGCGACAUACAUAAAUCAAUCUACCUCGUUUAACUACGAUACGAAUACGAUAUUUAACUGUAAUUUUACAUCACACAUACCAAAAUACUCAUACUCAUUACCAAGUAUGAAACAUAUUUAUUUUAUAUAUCAUGAGAAGUCAUUAAAGAACUUCGUGGCAAUCCAAGAGACACUUAAAUUAUAAACCUUAAUAAUGUUUUUCAAAUGGUUACAAUGAAUAGACCGGCGACUAAUAUAUAAUAGUACAUUAUGAUAUAAGUGCGGUAAGUUGAAAAUUACAGCCGAGGCGAUAUUGCAGCUCGAUCCAAAGGCGAGAGCUAUUAUAGUAAGGAAGCAGAGGCUGUAAUUAUCAGGGCGCACAUAUGUCAUACGACGUUUAAUAACACAUUUGCGAGGAAACACACUUUGAACACACUUUCUGAAAACGAAUUUACAUCUUUGCCUGUUUUGCAUAGGAUGACAUUUUGAUUGCUUGUCAUUUUUGCACAGAUAACGAAGUGCGCACACCAGCGUUUGUUUUUGCAAAUGCACCAAAAACAGCCAGUGUUACUAAUAAAGUAAAUUAAUAUUUUUGUGUUUCUGAUGCAGAUAAAUGGUUGUAUUUAUUGUCAAAAUUAUUAAAAUUAAAGAAUUAAAUGGCUUUUUACUAUUAUUUUAUCACACAAAGUUAAUUUUAUUCAUAAAUUGUUGAGCACUUUUCUGACAUAAAAACUCUUUGACAAGAUUUAAAAAAGUAUCGUUCGUUUUUAGACGGAUGACCAAAGGUUUUAUAUUACAUUACAUGCACAUGUGCAUUUUACUUUACAUUACGGUACAUGUGCGUAAUGAGAUACAUUACUAUAUUGAAAUUGGUGAAAUAAGCGAUGCUUUACGAGCAAAUGUGUUAUAAAAGAUAUAUUUUAUGAUUCAACAUUUGUGGGUCUGGAUUCUCAAAACCUCCCAAAGCCACUACGGUCCAAAAAUCUAUAGUUGCCUUCUGUAUUAACAUAUGGUAGGAGCAUGGACUGACAAGGUAUCAAAUUUUAAAAAUCAAAAAAUUCAGGUAUAAAAAAACAAAAUUUGAGGUCACCACAAUCUAGAAAAGCCACUAUGGGGUAUUUUAUUGGCUUUGUUGGAUAUCAAAACACUGUCUGACAAUACAUAAAAGUUGAAAUGUUAAAUUUUAUAGUUUAUUUAAAAUGUUGUUAAUAAAUUAAUUAAAUUAUGUAAAUAUAAUUAAUAUCUAUUAUGUACAGUUACUGUUGAAUAAGUAUAUUAAAUAUUUUGUUUUA